CUGAUUGUUAGUACUUCCAGAAACAGAGAGCCAGCUGAUGUUUUGCAUAAUUCAGGGCAGAGACACCGUUGGUUGCAAAAGAACAGUGAAUAGUGUCCCUUUACCAGUCGCCACUCAACAGCUGCUGUUCGUGCUCUGUCCAGAUUUACUAUGUAUCACUAUCAAGUUAUAAAGAACCGACGGACCUUGCUGGAACGGGCAGAGAAGUUUAUCUCUGAUGUCUAUUUUACCGACUGCAACCUGAGAGGGAGACUCUAUGGCCCCAGCUGCCCUGUUGAGUCUUUGUCGUCUUUCCUGACUCCAAAGAGAAUCUCCUUUUCCGAGGCUGAGAAACAGACCUUCCAGCUAGCCAAGGUUGGAGACAGCUUCGGACCCACGUGGUGGACCUGCUGGUUUAAAGUGUCCCUUUGCAUUCCUGAAGCCUGGAAGGGGAAAGAGGUUCACUUCCUGUGGGAGAGCGAUGGCGAGGGGAUGGUGUGGAGAGAUGGGCAGCCUGUGCAGGGCUUAACUAAAGAGGGUCAGAAAACAAGCUAUGUUUUGACUGAGAGCCUUACUGAUGAAGAGCCACACAGUUUAUGUUUGUAUGUGGAGCUGGCGUGUAACGGGCUGUUUGGUGCAGGCCAGCGUUCCAUGAUCGCGCCCCCUGACCUUGACAGGAAGUACUCCCUGCAGAGGGCGGAGCUUGUGAUCUUUAACAGAGGCGCUGAUGAACUGCUGGUGGAUUUUGAGAUGCUUGUCGAUAUUGUGAAGCUGCUGGGAGAGAAUGACCAGCGAGGAUUCCAGGCCCUCUUUACAGCCAAUGAGAUGGUGAAUGUGUGUGACGUCACCGACCCGAACUCCUUUCUCGCCGCCCGGAAGCUAUCGAAGAAGUUCUUCAGCCAGAAGAAUGGGGAGAGUCAACACGUCAUCCAUGCCAUGGGGCACUGCCACAUCGACACAGCUUGGCUCUGGCCAUAUGAAGAGACUAUUCGUAAGUGCGCUCGCAGCUGGGUGACUGCCAUUCGCCUCAUGGAGAAAAAUGCUGACUUUAUUUUCACCUGCUCCCAGGCACAGCAGUUGGAGUGGGUGAAAAAGUGGUACCCAGGGCUCUAUUCUCAAAUCCAGCACUUUGCCAGCAGAGGCCAGUUUGUACCCGUUGGGGGAACCUGGGUGGAGAUGGAUGGAAACCUCCCGUCAGGGGAGUCCAUGGUCAGACAGUUUCUGGAAGGACAGCGGUUCUUCCACAAGGAGUUUGGGAGGUAUUGCACUGAGUUCUGGUUGCCCGAUACGUUUGGCUACUCUGCCCAGCUGCCUCAGAUCAUGCAGGGCUGCGGGCUAACAAGAUUCCUGACUCAGAAACUGAGCUGGAACCUCAUCAACAAGUUCCCUCAUAGCACCUUUUUCUGGGAAGGCCUGGACGGGUCACAGGUUCUCACUCACUUCCCCCCUGGGGACACGUACGAGAUGAAGUGCAAAGUGGAGGACCUGCUGAACUCGGUGAGGAAUAACAAGGACAAGGGGCGUGCCAAUCACAGCGCGGUGCUCUUUGGGUAUGGGGAUGGAGGAGGGGGCCCCACGCAGCGCAUGUUGCAGCGGCUGGAGCGAAUCAGGGACACCGAUGGUUUACCCAGGGUCCAGAUGUCCAGUCCUGACCAGCUCUUCUCAGCGCUGGAGGCAGACUCCAGAUUACUUUGCACCUGGACAGGAGAACUAUUCCUAGAACUGCACAAUGGUUCCUACACUACACAAGCACAGAUAAAGAAGGGAAACCGUCAGUGUGAGACUCUGCUCCAUGAUGUCGAGGUGGCGAGCAGCCUGGCUCUGUUGAGGAACCCAAGCUUCCAGUAUCCAACUGACAGGCUGCACAGACUCUGGAGACUCCUGCUUCUUAAUCAGUUUCAUGAUGUGAUUCCUGGCACCUGUAUAGAGAUGGUGGUGAAGGAUGCGCUGAAGUACUACCAGGAGAUCCGCAGUGCCGGGGCUGAGCUUCUGCAGGAAGCCUGUAGGUCUCUCCUGGCAGAGAAAGGGGUUCCUGAGGGGAAGGAGGGGAGCCCAAGCCUGGCUCUGAACACCCUGCCAUGGGAGCGCAGUGAAGUGAUCCAGCUGCCAGGGGGAGCUGCUGAGCCAACACUUGCACUUGUGAAGGUGCCUAGUGUUGGCAUCGCUGCAGUGACAGAAUCUGUUGAACCAGACUGCCCUGUAUCCGUGUCCACUCAGGUCGACGGCACCGUUGUCAUGGAGAAUGGAAUCUUACGGGUGACUGUGGAUAAAGCAGGACGUGUGGCAUCAAUCUGCCUGGUUAACUCAAACAGGGAAACCAUUGCGGACGGCUGCUUUGGAAACCAGUUUGUCAUGUUUGAUGAUGUCCCCCUGUACUGGGAUGCGUGGGAUGUGAUGGAUUACCACCUCCAGACCAGGAAGCCUGUUUCGGGGGUAAUACAUCCAGUUGAAGUGGUGCACUCCGGGGGACUGAGAGGAAGUGUGAAAUUCUCCUUGAGAAUCAGCGAGAAGAGCACAAUUUCACAGGAGCUCGUCCUGGAUGCUCAGUGUCCCUAUGUCAAGUUCCAUACAGAGGUGGACUGGCAGGAGUCCCACAAGUUCCUGAAGGUGGAGUUCCCAGUGAGAGUGCGCAGCCCCAACGCUACCUACGAAAUCCAGUUCGGACAUCUGCAGAGACCCACCCACUGGAACACCUCAUGGGACUGGGCCCGGUUUGAGGUUUGGGGUCACAAAUGGGCAGACCUCUCCGAGCACGGAUUUGGAGUUGCGUUGCUUAAUGACUGCAAAUACGGCUAUUCAGUGCACAGGAACACCCUCACCCUGUCUCUGCUACGCGCACCCAAGUCCCCCGAUGCCACAGCCGAUAUGGGACAGCACCAGUUCACUUAUGCAGUUAUGCCCCACACAGGUUCCUUCCAAGAAGCAUCUGUUAUUCAGAGUGCAUACAACUUAAACUUCCCCCUGCGUUUGCUCCCCAAGGAAACAGGCACCCCUCACGCUGGAUCCUGGAGUGCAUUUUCUCUGAGCUCUCCUGCUAUCAUCCUAGAAACCAUAAAACAGGCCGAGGACAGAAAGGAUGCCCUUGUGCUGCGAAUGUUCGAGUCUCAGGGAAGCUCUGCAUCAGCAAUGCUCUCCUCUUCCCUGCCCUUCAAGGAGGCGCUGUUUUGCGAUCUCCUCGAACGUCCUGAUGUGACUCGUCCUGCACCAAUCACAGCCUCAGGAAUCUUGCUGACCUUUACCCCCUUUCAGAUCGUCUCCCUCCUGCUUAUUCUCAAGUAGAGAAGCAUGGCCCGGUCUGCAACUCCUUUGUUAAACCAUUGCAAAGCGUGUCUCCAUUGUUUCUGCAAGUUGAACUCUCUUAAUAUAAAUACAUUACCUUUUGUUGCAGAGUUUACCUUAGCUCGAGGAAGCCCAUUAGGGUCUAUAUUAAUAAAAUUAAGAGUGGUGGAUCUUAAUUACGCCAACCUUUUAAAUCUUUACUCAUCCUACCUCUAUUAUCAUCUGUAAAUACAAUUAAAAUACCCUGAGAAAACAUGUUAUAAGACAAGUUUACAUGUUUAGUGGUAUUGAGAGACGUCACUGUUUAGAGACUUAAACGUUCAAGAAUGAUUGUUAUCCUUUUUUUUCAACUGAAGUAAAAAUCUAAUAAAAAUAAUAUUCUUGUGUUAGAAAAAAAAUUAUUUGCAAUCAGACAUCAGGUGAAAAUUGAAAGCUGAAUUAAAUCUAUGUACCUGGAUUUUUGCAAAUAUUCUUAAUAAAAAU